CCAUGCCUGCCCCGCUGCUCCCACUGCUGCUGCGAGGACUGCUCUCCCGUCUGCUGCUUCCUGCUGCCCGCCUGGCCCGCCAGCACCUCCUGCCCUUGCUGCGUCGGUUGGCCCGUCGCCUGAGCUCCCAGGAUGUUCGAGAGGCUCUUCUAGGCUGUUUGUUGUUCAUCCUCAGCCAGCGACACCCGCCAGAUGCUGGGGAGACCUCCAGAGUGGACCGCCUGGAGAGAAGGGAGAGGUUAGGCCCCCAGAAGUGAGGCUGCACGUCCUGGCAGCAGCCAUAGCCAUCGCAGUGCUUUCUCCUGGAGUAGGAGUAGUUCUGGCAACAGCACUAAAGCAGCCUGCCCACUGGGCAGUCCAGUGGGGAUCUGACCUGAAGGCCUCCCCCUCCCAGCAGACAUGUCUUUGUAGAAGGAUGCCUCGCAUCUCACAGACAAUUGAUCACUGCCCCUUCCUCCUCCUGCAAUUCUUCUCAAAGAUCUUUGCUAACAACCUCUGACCUCAGGGGAGAGGAGACCUCACCUCCUGGUAAAUGAGGACAAUUUAUCUAAGAGGUGAUAUUUGAAUCCAGACUGUUGGUCUUCCAGACUUGGGACCUACCUACCUUAAAAUAUGAUUUUGGUUGCCUUUGGAGGCAGCACUGUUCCU